AUGGACAAGAUAUCUAGGUUCCUAAAGAGCCAUUUGAACCACCAGUCAUCAGCCUACACGUCCGGUGCUCACACACCUAUGCCUGCGAUCCCUACAAACACGCCUUUUCCAACGAGCACCGACCUGUACCGUCACCGCAAGCAGCGGGGAGUCAACCUCGGAUCCUGGUUUGUCCUCGAGCGCUGGAUUGCCGAGAGCCCCUUUCGUUCUGCUGCUAGCCCUGCCCAGAGUGAUCUUGACGUCGCGCGCGGCGCUGACGCGAAGGCCGUGCUGGAGCACCAUUGGGAUACUUGGAUAUCUGAAAGUGACUGGGCCUGGAUUGUAGAGAGGGGCAUCAAUACUGUUCGCAUCCCGAUCGGCUACUAUCAUCUCUGCGGAGCAGACUCAUCCGUCCUUCAAGGCACCGAUUUCGCAGACCUCGGACAUGUCUUCGCCGGCGCGUGGACAAGGAUCACGAAUGCGAUCGCGACGGCUAAUCGAUAUGGUUUGGGCGUGCUCAUUGACCUGCAUGCCGCUCCAGGUAAACAGAAUGCAGACUCCCACUCCGGCACGUCCCUCGAUCCGACGUUCUUCGCGAACCCGCACAACAUGCGGCAUACCACCCACAUCCUGUCCGUACUCCUAUUGCACCUUACAGCGUUCACCCAUUCGCAGAAUCCACCUCUGCCUAAUCUGGUCGGCAUCGAGCUUCUCAACGAGCCGCAGCCGCAGUCCCGCCACCACGCCUUGCAGCGAUGGUACGUGGACACCUUCCGCGCCAUGCGCACCAUCGAUCCAGCCAUCCCACUCUAUAUCGGCGACGUUUGGAUGACCGAUCAAUAUACUGACUUCUUGAGUGGGGCUGCCGUGGAUUUUGUCGUGCUUGACCAUCACUUGUACCGCUGCUUUACACCCGAGGACAGCUCCACCCCCGUAACAGAGCAUGCGCGCGCCCUGACAGACCCGAACGCGUGGGCGCCACAAAUGUUUGCUCGGGUGUCGCAGAAACUGCAGGGCGCAGGGUGCGGCUUAGUUGUCGGCGAAUGGAGCGGGGGACUCAACCCAGGCUCCCUGCACGGUGUAGACGAGGACCAAGGGAGGCGCGAUUACUUGCAUGCGCAACUGCAGUUGUACGAUCGGUGGUGUGCGGGCUGGUUCUUUUGGACAUACAAGAAAGAAUCUGGAGACAAAGGCUGGUCAUUCAGAGAUGCAGUGGGAGCAGGUGUGUUCCCAGCGUGGGUGGGCAUGAGAGCAAACAAUUCAGUCAAAGACGACCCUAUGCGGGUCAACAGAAGAGAUAGCGCAAGAGACAAAGCGUUGGGCGAACAUACAUCGUUUUGGUCACAGUAUCCAGGGAAUUACGAACAUUGGCGGUUUAGCGAGGGCUUUCUGAGGGGGUGGGAGGAUGCAUGGAUCUUCUUCGCCCAGGCUUCCCAGCAAUAUGCCACCUCGGUCCCGGAACUUGGAUUCAAGGGGCCAUGGGCAAAGCGUAGAGCCCAAGACCAUGCAGCGACGAAAGGCAAUGCCAACUUAUGGGAGUUUGAGCAUGGCCUUGCGCAAGGUGUGGAUGCUGCAAGGGCUGACUUUGCGGAAGUAUACUGUUGA